AUGGCGGUAUCAGAACUUCCCGGAACUAUCGAUUUUCUCACCGAUGCAGCACAUCUCCUACGGGCCACAGCCCCAGAGACUUCUGCUCAUCUCAUGAGCCAACGCGGUCAUCUUCUUCAACAACAUGGCGUAACACUGUCAGAUUUUCAGCGACAACACGUAUGUGGAGGCUGUGGAAUUAUCAUGAUCCCAGGUCAAGAGGCAACACUGAAGUUAGAUGCUCGAAAAAGUCUUCAGAGGAAGAAGGCCAAGAGCAAGAAGCCAAGCGGCAACUCGGCCCCUAAAGCAACAGAAGAUCUUCAGGGACCCUGCAAGAUUUUGCACUGCGACAACUGCCAACGAGAUACCAGGAUUGUUAUGCCGCCUCCAGGACCAGCUGUGAGGCGAAAAACAGCACAGUCGAAAGUCAAGAAAGUUUCGACACCUAUUGAGCAGCCCAAACAAACCUCGAAUGCUAGCAGCAAGAAAAGAGCCAAAAAUCGAAAGGCCGGCCUACAAGCUUUGCUUUCAGGACAAAAGCAACAAACAACGAAUCCACUCAGUCUUUCUCACUUUAUGAAAUGA